AUUCUAAACAGUGGAUGGGUUUGUGUGAUGUUUCGAGUCGGAAUUUUGAUAACGCGACACCGCUGUUACUCGUCGUCAUUCAUCUUGGGCCAUCGAAACACAGGGCAAUCUUUUAAAACAAGAAUUAAUGACUCUUUAAAGGCCCAAAACGCAAUAGAGGACUUCGAGUUCUCAGCGGAACCAGUUAGCUGGUGUUGCUAACCUCCUCGCCCAUCAGCAGCAGCUGGACUCUGCCGGUUUCUGUCAACACGGAGUGUUAGCGAAAAUCUGCUUUGACAUUUACGUUUUUUUAACCAGAUGCGACACAAAAUCCUCAGGAAAUCACCUGCAACACCCGACAAAUAAGAGUUUUUAUGGUCCUAGAUCUUCUUCACUUCUAAAGAUGCUGUUAAAACCUGUCAAGCCGGUGGUGAACUGAAGACAAAAGCGGACUUUUAACGACAAAACCCGCAUUUUAUUGGAACAUUCCAGAAAGCAAAGUGAUCGACAGAUCGUCGCCAUGGAGCUGGCACACAGCCUGCUGCUCAAUGAAGAUGCUUUGGCGCAGAUCACUGAGGCUAAAAGGCCCGUUUUCAUCUUCGAGUGGCUUCGCUUCCUGGAUAAAGUGCUUGUGGCUGCGAAUAAGGUCGAUGUAAAGGAGAAGCAGAAGAAGCUGGUGGAGCAGCUAACAGGACUGAUCAGCAGCGCACCGGGACCUCCUACUAGAAAACUCCUGGCUAAAAACCUGGCCACUUUAUACAGCAUUGGUGACACCUUUACUGUUUUCCAAACGUUGGAUAAAUGCAACGAGAUCAUUAAAAGCAAGGAUGACACGCCAACAUACCUGCCAACAAAACUUGCUGCAGUUGCCUGUUUGGGAGCGUUUUAUGAAAAGAUGGGCCGGAUGCUUGGAAGCUCCUUUCCAGACACCAUUAACAAUCUUCUGAAAGCACUAAAGAGCGCCGAGUCCCAGGGCAGAGGGGAGAUCCUCCUCAGUCUGCAGAAGGUGCUGAGUGGAUUAGGUGGAGCAGCAGCUUCGUGUCACCGAGACAUCUACAAAAAUGCUCGCUCUUUACUCACCGACAGAUCUAUGGCGGUGCGCUGCGCUGUUGCAAAGUGCCUGUUGGAGCUGCAGAAUGAGGCGGUCUUCAUGUGGACCACGGAGCUGGAGAACAUGGCCACCCUGUGCUUCAAAGCUCUGGAAGGGUCCAACUACGGCGUCCGGGUAGCGGUGGCCAAACUGCUCGGGACCGUCAUGGCUACCGCGUUGCUGCCAAAACAGGCUGCCGUCAUGCGGCAGAACGUGAAGCGGGCCACGCUGGAGGAAGUUCUGGAGCUGAUGGCCACUGGGUUUCUGCGUGGCGGUUCCGGUUUCCUGAAAAGCGGAGGGGAAAUGCUGAAGGGUGGGGGCUCUGUAAGCAGGGAGGUGCGGGUGGGCGUGACCCAGGCUUAUGUCGUGUUUGUGACUACGCUGGGGGGCCAGUGGCUGGAGCGCAACUUUGCCACAUUCCUGUCCCACGUUCUGGACCUGGUCUCCCACCCACGGGCCACGCAGACGCACGUGGAGGCGGUGUACUCGCGCCGCUGCGUGUCUUUCAUGCUGCGCGCCACCCUGGGCGGCUUACUCGGGGAGAAGGCGCAAAUCGCAGCCGGGAAAGAAAUCUGUCAAGCCAUCGGCAAGCAGAUGAGGGCUGUGGGUAAGGAGGAUGGGGGGGAAAUAUCACGGUUCAGAGCAUUACAGAAGGCUGUAGUGAACGACAUCAACGGCGAGAACAAGACGGGAGCGGCCGACGUGUCCGCCAGUCAGCACGUCAUGGUGUGCGCCCUGAAAGAGCUGGGCAGUUUAGUCCAGAGUCUGAGCGCCACGGCCUCCCCGCUCAUCCAGGAGCCUUCUGUUGGACUCCUUGAAACCGUGACGUCAGUGCUGCUGCACCCGAGCAUGGCGGCACGUUUGGCAGCCGCGAGGUGCCUGCGCUGCGUCGCCGUGGCGCUGCCCUAUCAGCUGUCGCCGUUGCUGGACCGCUGUGCUGAGAGGAUCAACAGCCUGAAAAGCUCGCCUGAGGCCGUGAGUGGCUACAGCUUUGCGAUGGCGGCUCUGCUGGGAGGGGUGCACCAGUGUCCUCUGGGAAUCCCGCACUCGAAGGGAAAGUCGGUGGUCAGCAUAGCUGAAGACCUCCUCCGCACGGCCGCCCAGAACAGCCGGCUGUCGCUGCAGCGCACUCAAGCAGGAUGGCUGCUGCUGGGGGCCCUCAUGACUCUGGGCUCCUCUCUGGUGCGCUACCACCUUCCCAAGAUGCUGCUGCUGUGGAGGAACGUCUUUCCCCGCUCCCAGAAAGAGCUGGAGGCAGAAAAGGCCAGAGGAGACUCCUUCACCUGGCAGGUCACCCUGGAGGGCCGAGCUGGAGCCCUUUGUGCGAUGCGCAGCUUCGUGGCUCACUGUCCCGAGCUCCUCACUGAAGACGUCAUCCGCAGACUGAUGUCCCCCGUUGAAUGUGCCAUGACCAUGCUGUCCCACGUUCCUGCCAUCACGAAGGUCCACGGUGCUCACCUCAAAGCCAGUGCAGCCAUGGUGAGGCUCAGGUUAUACGACAUCUUGGCUCUCUUGCCUCCUAAGACUUAUGAAGGAAACUUCAACGCUCUUCUGAGAGAGCUGGUGGCAGAGUUCACGCUGACCGAUAACUCGGCCAACACCACCACGUCUUUGCUGCGCUCGCUGUGUCACUACGACGACAGCGUGCUCAUGGGCUCCUGGCUGCAGGAAACGGACCACAAGUCCAUCGAGGAUCAACUGCAGCCCAACAGUGCGUCUGGGAGUGGCGCUCUUGAACACGAUCCUUCCUCCAUCUACCUGCGUGUCCUUGUGGGCGAGGCCAUCCCGGGGCCUCUGCCUUUGGGCGUGUCUGUCAUCGACGCUUCGGUGGCUCUCUUUGGGGUGGUGUUCCCCCACGUCUCCUUCAAACACCGGCUCCAGAUGCUGGACCACUUUGCAGAGUGUGUCAAGCAGGCCAAAGGAGUCCGGCAGCAGGCGGUCCAGCUGAACAUCUUCACCGCAGUGCUCAGUGCUCUCAAGGGUUUGGCUGAGAACAAGAGCACUCUGGGUCCAGAGGAGGUGCGGAAGUCGGCCUUGGCCCUCGUUAUGGGCGCGUUGGACAAUCCCAAUCCCAUCCUGCGCUGUGCUGCUGGGGAGGCUCUCGGCAGGAUGGCUCAGGUGGUGGGAGAGGUCACCUUCAUCGCCAGAAUGGCUCAAACCAGCUUUGAUAAACUGAAGUCGGCCCGUGAUGUGGUGUCACGGACCGGCCAUUCUUUGGCUCUUGGCUGUCUGCAUCGAUAUGUGGGGGGAAUCGGUUCAGGUCAGCACCUGAAAACCAGCGUCAGCAUCCUGCUAGCUCUGGCCCAGGACGGCUCCUCUCACGAGGUUCAGACGUGGGCUCUCCACUCUCUGGCCCUCAUUGUGGAUUCCAGCGGACCCAUGUACCGAGGCUACGUGGAGCCCACGCUGUCGCUGGUUCUGACCCUGCUCCUCACCGUGCCGCCGUCCCACACUGAGGUUCACCAGUGUUUGGGUCGCUGCCUGGGGGCUCUCAUCACCACCGUGGGGCCAGAAUUACAGGGAAACAGCGCCACCAUCUCCACCAUUCGCUCGUCCUGCCUGGUGGGCUGCGCCAUCAUGCAGGACCACUCCGACUCUCUGGUCCAGGCGGCCGCCAUCUCGUGUCUGCAGCAGCUGCACAUGUUUGCCCCGCGGCACGUCAACCUCUCCAGCCUGGUGCCCUGCCUCUGUGUGCACCUGUGCAGCUCUCACCUGCUGCUGCGCCGCGCCGCCGUGGCCUGCCUGAGGCAGCUCGCUCAGAGGGAAGCGGCGGAGGUCUGCGAGUACGCCAUGAGCCUGGCGAGACGGGCAGGAGACAACAAGGACAGCACCCCCAUCAAGCUGAACAUCACUGAGACCGGUCUGGAGGGGGUUCUGUUCGGCAUGUUGGAUCGGGAGACAGACAGGAAGUUGUGUUCGGACAUCCAUGACACCUUUGGUCACAUGCUGUCUUCGCUGGCUGUGGAAAAACUCAGUCACUGGCUGAAACUUUGCAAGGAUGUUCUUGCAGCAACUACAGACGUAGGGGGAGCUGUGCCAGUCAAGGUGGAAAAGGAUGAAGACUCGGAGAAAAAAGACGAGAUGGACGACGACACCAUGUUCACGGGCCUGGGGGAGGAUGAGAAAAGCAAGCCCUCCGUGGCGCCUCGCUGGGUGACGCGCGUGUUCGCCGCCGACUGUCUGUGUCGUAUCAUCUUGUUGUGCGAGAACGCGGACAAAGCGCACUUUGACCUCGCGACGGCACGCGCGGGGAAAGGCAAGAACGCCAAAGGAGAUCUACUGGUGCUCCACCUGUCGGACCUGAUCCGCAUGGCCUUCAUGGCGGCCACUGACCACAGCAACCAGCUGAGGAUGGCGGGCCUGCAGGCUCUGGAAGACAUCAUCAAGAAGUUUGCUGCGGUACCAGAGCCCGAGUUCCCCGGACAUGUUAUCCUGGAACAGUACCAAGCCAAUGUUGGAGCUGCUCUCAGACCUGCAUUUUCCCCGGAUACACCGUCUGACAUUACAGCCAAAGCCUGCCAGGUGUGCAGCACGUGGAUCGGCAGCGGUGUCGUCAGUGACCUGAACGACCUGCGGCGAGUUCACAACCUGCUGGUGUCCUCGCUGGACAAAGUGCAGGCUGGGAAGGGCUCGUCCAGCCAGCUGUACAGCGAGAGCGCCACCACCAUGGAGAAGCUGGCCGUGCUGAAGGCGUGGGCGGAGGUGUACGUGGUGGCUAUGAAGGUCAAAAAGGAGGCGGACUCUAAGCCGGCGAAGGUGGUCAGGAGAGGAAGAGGGGAGGAGGAGGAUGAGGAGGACCUGGGUGCAGACGUGCUUCCUCCCGAUAGUCUCAUCACAUUGGUGCAGCCGGAGCUGCCCACGCUGAGCCGCCUCUGGCUGGCCAUGCUGAGAGACUACGCUCUGCUGACGCUGCCGGCAGAGUUUUCCAGCCAGCUGCCCCCUGAAGGUGGAGCAUUUUACACCCCAGAGACGAUAGACACGGCGAGACACCACUACCGCAGCUCCUGGGCGCCUGUCCUGCACGCCGUGGCUCUCUGGCUCAACAGCACCGGGUUCACGGCCGCUGAGGACCAAGACGAGGCCUCGCCAGCGUCCUUCAAGCCCCCCAACCUUCCUCAGGUUUCUACAACAAAGACUUUCGAGGAGUUGGUCAAAGACAAACUGCAUCUAAUGUUAGGUGUCAGCAUCGAGUUUCUGUGCUUCCCUCGACCAGAGGAGCCGAUCGAACACGUCAUUUCCUGCCUGCACGCUCUCUGCACGCUGCUGGAAACUCCCUGCGUUAAAAAGCACAUCGCAGAAGACCAGCUGCUGGCGGUGGAGCUCCUGAACGUCCUCCACAGGCUUCUGCUGACCAGAGAUCCUCCUGCUGUGCAGCUCCUGGUCACUGCUGUUGUGCAGGAGACCGUCAGGGCCGCACAGGAUCAUCUGCAGCAACAGCGGGCUAACACAGGAAAAGAAGAAGAAGAAAGUGAAAAAGACUCUCAAGCCAACCUGGGAGACGGAGGGGAAACAGGGGAGCUUGUUCCUGGAAAGUCCUUGGUGUAUGCCACCAUGGAGUUGCUCGUCUUCAUCCUGGUCCGCCACCUACCGCAGCUCAAUUCCCGGGUGAAGGAGUCGCCCAGCCACGUGCCUCUGCGGCCUCGGAGGUUACCUGAAGAGAGCGCUCGGCUGGUGGCCAACACAGUUUCCAUCCUGGCAGAGCUGCCGUUGCUCUGCUCUGCUGCUGGAGGCAUGACCAUCCUACCCACUGUGCUCUUCCUGAUCACCGGCGUUCUGAGGGACACUGCGAUCAAAACUCCGGACAAUUCGGUGCCUCCCCCUGUAGCUGCUGCCCUGCAGGGCAUCAAGGUCAUCCUGACCUCCCCUAUGGCCAGGGUGGAAAGCAUCCAGACGCGGUGGACCGCUCUCGUGAGGAGCAGCUUGGCAUCAGUACUCGAGUACUCGCAGCCGGAUGAAACCAGACCGGAUAUGGACGAGGUCAGCAUGUUGACGGCCAUCCCUCUCUUCCUGCUGUCAGCCAGCAGUGAGCUGGUUGGAGUGGUGGUCCUGCAGAAGGGCUGCAUCGACCGCUUCCGAAAUGCCCUCAAUUCUAGUGACCCCUGGGUUCAGGCGCGGUGUUACCAGCUGCUGCUGUCGGUGUUUCAACACGCCAACCGCGCCCUCUCCACGCCGUACAUCCACGCCCUGGCUCCGCUCAUGGUGGAGAAGUUAAAGGCGGUGGAACGCAGUCGGCCAGGCACCGCCGCGGAGCUGCAGGCUGUGCAGGAGGGCAUCAGGGUCCUGGAGAAUCUGGUCAGCAUGGGCGAAGAGAAGAAUCGGGUGCAGCUUCUCGCCCUUCUGGUACCAACUCUCAUCUCUUACCUUUUGGAUGAAAACGCCAUCUCCUCUGCGCCACAAGUCUCCAGGAGUCUCCAUGACUUUGCCCUCCAGAAUCUAAUGCGGAUCGGUCCCCUCUAUCCAGCGGCCUUUAAGACAGUAAUCGGUGCGGCGCCUGAGCUUAAGACGCGUUUGGAGUCUGCCGUACGGGCCAACCAGGCCAGCAGCAAAGCCAAAGCUGCAGCCAGGCAAGCUCAGCCGGCCGUGCAGGCUGCUCCCACCAUCAAGCUGAAGACCAGCUUCUUCUGAGCGCCGCAGAAACAUUUUAUGCUGUUGGGAGGGAUGUUGUAUGCAGUAAUUAUGCCACAUUUAUGUCCAUUAAAGAACAUUAAUUUAUGAAUCGUAGCUCUCGUCUUAUUAGUGAAAUAUUCUUUUAAGGAAAUGAGAAGCAUUGGUGUAAAUGUCUUUCAUAACUUUGAAUGUCUCAUUUAAAAACUCUUACAUGUUUUUUUUUUUGAGUUGGUGAAUGUAUCAUCAUUUCACAGAGGCCCUCAGCCUUCGUUCUUGGAGUCUAAUGGUUGCAGAGGCGUUUCCUCCGUCAUCUCUCUGCAUCGUUCGUCCCAAUGUUGUGGUUUACUGCAUCUGUUGUUGCUUCUUUGAUGGAGUUGCUUAACUCACUGCGUGGCCUUCCGGUCUACUCAUUUGUAGUCUUGUAAAUGGUUUUAAAUUCUCUCUUGAACAGGUACUCAACUUUUUAAACUCCAAUCGACAUUCCUCCAACAAGACUGUAAAAUGGAAUUGAAAUGUAGUCUCCAUGUUGAGCCAGAAAUGAGAUUUUUAUUAGAACUAACAGAGAAGCAAAUGCAUUGUAUCCCUAAAUAUUUUUAUCUUUUAAUGCAGCUGCUAAAUUGUUUUAUUUUCCUUUUUGCUUGUAACUGAUUUAAAUGAUUAAAUUGUAUUGCUAACCAUAUGUAAGCAUCAAGUAUGAUAGUAACUUAGCAGAUUUAGACGACUGUUAAUAAUUUGAUGGAUGUUAAAUGUUGAGUUACUGUUUUCUUUUUGUUUUGCCAGGAAAAUAAAAGGUAAAUUUGGACAUUUGUAAAUAAACGUGAGGCUGGUGGUGUCAA